CGGACGGCUCCGUGGAUCUGUCAGUGCAGGACUCCACUCAGGUAGCGGGACACUGAACGCAUCCUGUCGCACAAGAACCGAGCCGUUAGUGGGUUUUUUGUGUUUUUUAUUCCACUUUUAAAAGCUUUUAAUCGCUUCUUAGUUAAUAACACAAGCCGUUACAACUUGUUAUCGCUUAAAAACGGUCCGGGCUUCACUUCUGAGUAGCGCUCUGCCGUGAUGCACGGGUCGGCUAGCUAACGUUAGCCGGGGAGCUAGCGUUCAUCAUCGGGCUGUUCGGUGGGGAAAGUAGCGGAGUCCGAGCUCCUCGUUUCGGCGGUGCGGUGGCGAAGAAACCUUAUUAAACAUGGAGAGAAGUAGCCGAUUAGUAGAAAUCUUCAACUAUCUGCAAGACCCACACCUUGUCGCCCGCUUCCAGAAAUUUUGCGGGGUACGCGGGACGUUUUCGAGAACCGUCUCUGGCUCUGCUCCCUCCAGCAGCGGCGGCGGCAGCAAGGAAGCGGACCGGACUCACUCACACAACAACGGGGCAUGCCACCAUCCCAUCACCGGGGGGAACGAGAGCGAAAGUGCGGCCGUCAUCGGAGCUGAUGAAGGCGAGUGCAAGGAGACGGCAGCGGCAGGUGCUCGGAGGAGGAAACAGGGAGAGGAAAAGGAGAAUCUACCCCAGAACGGAGCGGUGGUGACCGCAGCGAACGCCGGGGGAGAUACGCUCGGUGCGGGCAGUAACGGUCCCACCGAGCCCGCGGAGAAGGGCGGUGAAGUCCCGGUUAGCAGCACUCUGAAGCCGCUCCGCAAAAACUCUCUCACAGGUGAUGCCGGGCAGGAGUUCCUGAUUGAGAACCGGUUCCUGUUCUACCUGUUCACCUUCGGGACAGAGCUGGGUAACGAGCUCUUCUACAUCACCUUCUUCCCCUUCGUUAUGUGGAACAUGGACGCCUUCGUGGCCCGGAGGCUGAUCAUGGUGUGGGUCUGGGUCAUGUACCUGGGUCAGUGCACGAAGGACGUGAUCGGGUGGUCCCGGCCCGCCUCACCUCCUGUGGUCAAAGUGGAGAUGUUUUACAACUCGGAGUACAGCAUGCCCUCCACACACGCCAUGUCGGGCACCGCCAUCCCCUUCUCCCUGUUCUUCAUGACCUACGGCCGCUGGGAGUAUCCGUUCUCACUGGGCUUCAGCUUCGCUCUCUGCUGGUGUCUGGUGGUCUGUGUUAGCCGGAUCUACAUGGGGAUGCACUCGGUCCUGGACGUGAUCGCCGGCGUCCUCUACAGCAGCCUGAUCCUGCUCUUCAUCCUGCCGGCGCUGGAUCUGAUCGACGGCUUCAACCUGACCUGCCGCUACGCCCCGCUCGUCAUCAUCUCGCUCCACCUGGGCCUGGGCCUCUUCUCCUUCACCCUGGACACCUGGAGCACCUCUCGGGGCGACACCGCUCAGAUCCUGGGCGUGGGCGCCGGCGUGGCUCUCGCCUCCCACGUCAACCACCUCCUGGGCCUGAUGCCCGACCCGACGCCGGAGCAGCUCCCCUUCACCGCGCCCCCCCUCAGCGCCGGUCUGGCGGGCAUGGCCAUGCUGCGGCUCGUCAUGGGCGUGCUGGUGCUGAUGACCUCGCGGGCAGUGAUGAAGGCCAUCACCAUCCCGCUGGUGUGCCGGGUCACCGGGGUGCCCUGCGACGACGUGAGGAAGGCCCGGCAGCACAUGGAGGUGGAGCUGCCCUACCGCUACAUCGUGUACGGGGUGGUGGGCUUCAACGUGCUCUUCCUGGUCCCGUUCCUUUUCAGCUGCCUGCAGAUCUCCUGAUCGGAUGUUAGUUCACCGCCUGAUCAGAUGUUCACCAGGACCUCGUUCUUUAGUCCUCUGGGUCGGGACUGAAGCGGACUAAAGCCGAAACACUGAUCUGAGCUGACGUGUGAUCAGUUUUUUGGCUCUGGUCGUUUUCAGGAAGUGUUGGACUGUCCUGAAGGCCUCGACUGUUAUCAGUUCUACCUGUGGCGACCCGUACCUGUUCUGUUCUUUAGUUUUAUUUCAAAUCAAAUGAGACGGCUCCUCCUGAUCCGGGGACACACCGAGCCACUCCUCCUCCACCAGCUUCAUUCAUCACAGAGCACAAAGCUUCCUAACAGUGGCCUCAGAGACUAAAUAUGCCACUGAUUGCUACUGAUAGAUGACCUGUGUCUUUUUUAUUAUUAUUAUUAUUAUUAUUAAGAGUUCAGACAAAGAACCACAGACUCCACAUAGAGUUCAUGGACUGCUGUGGACGAGUUCUUGACAUAGUUUUUGAAGAAGAGCUGCAACUAAAAGUUAUUUUGAUCCCUCGAAUUACUGAGUUAGUUGUCAGAAAAUGUCCUCAACUGUGUUGACACACGAAAAUAUUCACUUAUAAGAAGCUGGAAUCUGAGAAAUUUUAACUUUUGAACCAAAUUAAUCAAACAGAAUUUAUUAAAUAGUUGACAACCAAUUGAUUAAUUGUUGCAGCUUGAAACAAAACUCAGAAAUACCAGAAUUUCUGUGGUUUGGUUGCAGAAACAGUUUUUGGUGUCUGAACUUUGUGUGGUUCUUUGUCAGGAAGCGUCUUAAUAAUAUCUGAUCUUCCUCUUGUGUGUCUCAACUCUCAAAGCAAUAAGAUCCUUCUGAUUUUAUACUUUCUUAUUCUUCUGUCAGAGUUUAUACUCGGCCUGUUUCUCCUCGGCCUGUCGAGUGGACUCAUCCUCGAGAUGUUUUGAUGCACAGUCUCUUCCUAAAGGGCUCUUCCACUCUGUCUCCAUUCAGACAGUUUAUCGUCUCUUCUCUGCGGAGGUUGAGUAUUUUUCCUGUGACGAAGCCACGACCGGCACAUACUGUACGAUUCAGGAGGAAGUGUCACUUUGUCUGGGAAAUGUACAGAGAGGUUUUUUUAUUAAUAGGAAUUUGUCCACUUGGCUCAGCAUUUCUUUUCUAACACUGUAAACUGACUUCCUGUCAGGGAUGCUGUCGAUGGCACGCAGCCACUUCCUGUUCAGUUCGAUGCGCUCGUGUCGGGAGGCGGAGGAGGUGGAGAAAACGCUGCUCUCAGGAGAGAAGACGCGUGGAGCGCUGACAGUCGAGAGGACGGAGGAGAGAGGUCAGGAUGAGGAAGGGAUGACGACUGAACAGAUGAGUUUAAAACAAAAGAGUUUCGUAGAUUUCUCACAGGAGGAGAAACAGACGGAGCAGUAUGAUGUCACAUCACAAAAAACACUUAAAAAACACACUGAGUCUUUGUAGUCAGGUUUCACGUCAACACAGUUCAUUUUCUCUCCCUCAAUUAUUCAUAUUUGGUUCAAGAAGUUCAUCAAAUAAAAUGUGACACGAUCACAAACUCAAACAUCGUUAUUUCAGAUUUAAACACGAGGGACGUAUUGUGGCUUCUACGUCGACACUACACGACACUCUGGAUCACCUCGCUGACAUUUAUCGAUGGUGAUCACUGGUGCAGCCACAUGUGAUGAAUUAAUAAUAGGUGAAUUAUAAAUAGCUACAGCCGAAUGUCAUGCAGCACAUCGGCCUUUUCUUCUCACUUCUUUUUCCUGAAAACACGUCAGUAAAAGUGCGUUUACAUCAAGAAUGUAAAGUCAUAUUUCUGCCAUUUUUAUUCAUCUCGCCUCCAGAAAUGUUAAAUAUUGUGACUAUAAACGGAGCGAUAGUAUUCAGUGGUAUUCUUCUUACAAGUCUGUGAUUCAGCCGAUGAUAUGAAGGCAGUUAGUCCAGGACACUGGAGACUUAAUAUGUUAUCACAGAACGAGACGACAGUUCGAGUUACUGCAGACAAACAGUUGAAGAUUAAAGAAAACAGACUCGUCAGCCUCCACGUGGACUUUGACUCCAGCUUCUUCUCCUCCUGUCGUCCUCCACAGACCACUGAGUCUUUCUUUCUUUCUUUCUUUAGAAAAUGAAUACAUUUAUGACAGACUGAGUUGAAUUUCAGAGGUGGGUCACCAGGUGUUGGUUAGAUAAUAACUAAGGACCACUGAGUGCCCCUUCAGCAGAAACACCGGUGAUGCGUUCACUGUCUGACACAUUUCACUGUCCUGUAUUUUGAACUGAACUCUCGAGGCAAUAACGACUGAACAUCUGGACCGAAGCUUGAUGUUUGAUUCACACAUUCCUCCUGCAGCAGACUGUGGGUGAAGUGCCUUGCUCGAGGGCAGUUUCAGGUGCUUCUGCCCUCUGCUGGGGACAAUUCACCUGUCAGAGCUGAAGACCGACAGAGUCCAGAGACAAACAGACACUUCAGAGUCUUAAUGCGCCUCAGUGAGAGCAGCAGGAGUCACAGCUGACCUGCUGUACCUUGUUGUUGUACGGUACUGUUCUGAUAUGACUGCACUGUUCCCAGAAUGCACUGCUUCCCCCCCCCGAGCCUGGAAGAAUAUCUGAAGUUAAUGUUAAUCUGCGGAAACAAUUUAAUGCGAUUUUUAACCAGAUUUUAACCAGAUUUUAACCACUGCCCGGCUCCUUUCACUUCCUGUGGCCUUGCCUCAUGCACGAACAUAUUUCUGUGUGUUGAAGCCUUUUAUUGUCUGUGUGGUUUCCUGUUUUUUCUUUUUGGUUUCGGCUGAUCAACAAAACAACUUGUGUUCCUCCCGUGGCGGGAUGAGGUCUCUGCUCAUGACUCCAUCAGUUCAUGCAGAAACGUCUCUGUACAUCUGCAGAGUCAGAACAAACUCUCCACAUUUGACAAAACCAGAACCCUUCGACGUCUGUUCAUAUGUGACACAACGAGUAACCUCCAUCUUAGAUGAGUGAGGUACAGCAGUGAUAAACCAGGAUGAAGCUGUGAGUGUUUGAACACGUGUCAUGUUUGGUAUUUACGUCCCGGCAGCAGCAGGAAGUUUCCUCUGCAGAUGGAGGAACGAUCGAGGAAACGAGAUGAUAAAUGAGAUUAAACCAAACUUCCUGACACUGAUUAUAAUAAUCCUUUCCAUUGUGACGCUCCAAAAGAGUGUGUGUGUGUGUCUGUGUGUGUGUUAACGACAGCAGAGCCGGCCCGAGGUGUUUCACAGGCCCUCAGAUGGACUGGAAUUUAUUUAUUACAAUUUAUUUCAGUUAUUUAGAUUAAUUUCAUUUGACAAACAACUUGACAGAAAACAAAAAGGUGUGUGAAAUGUGAAAAUAACAUUGUAAAACGUUGAGAGACUGUUGAAUCAUUGGAUCUCAGAUUUUGUUGUUUGUCAUCCAGGAAAUCCCUAAAUUCAGAUUCUGUUUAAUCCUUAACUUAAUUUGUUUAAAUCUAAAAGUGGAUUUGGCUUCAUCUUGUUUUCUUUUUGUUUGUUUCUUGGAAAACAAAUAGUCGUUAUAAACCCAAAGGUUACAACCCUGAAUUAUAUUUGGUUUAAUCCUAUUUUUUUAUUUUAUUUGUUAGAACCUCAACUCAACAGAAUAUUAUUUGCUUUAAUCCCCAAAUUUUCUCACGUUCACUGCAUUAGUUUUAUUGAGUAGAAUUGCUCAAAAUCUGAUAUAAUCCCAAGAAUUUUCUGUUUUAAUCCCAUGUCACAAAAUCCUAAAACACGUUCCCACACUUUGAAUUGUGUUGUGUUAAAUUUCCUCCUUUUUUUAAAGAAAUAAUUUCACCAAACGUUCUGAAGACUCUGCUCAGGAAACCUCAGACACGCUGUUGCUUCAGCUGGUGAACAACAUGAAGAAGUUUAUCAGUAAAAGUUUAAAUUAUAUAUUUUGUGUUAUUCACUGAACCCAGGAGCCGUCAUGAAGGUCUCAGCUCCUCUGGGUCCGAGGGCCCGGCUCUGGUUGUCGUUUCUUCUUCUGCUCUCUUUUCUAUAAAGACUUUUUAUAUCCAAACUCUUUCUUACGUUGACCAAAUGUAAAGAGGUUGAACUGUGUCGCUGUAGCUCUCCACGCUUCUCUGUAGUGCCUUCCAGGAAGAUUUUAUAUAUUUACCGACUUCUGUUCUGACUCUGUUCCAUCUUGUCGUGUUGCCUUUUGCACUUUGUCGCUGCGUUCUGUUUCUCUUCACGAAGAGAAAAAAAUGUUUCCUGGUUGAUAAUUGUAGUAAAUUCAAACCAGACUUUAGUUUCCUGCACUUCUGCCGUCACUUGAAUUAGCAACAAGUGAGUCACUGUAGUCGAGAUUUCAAAGUAUCUGAUUUUCAUUCACUGAUUGUUUGCAUGAGAAAAAUAUUAAAUAAGUUACCGAUGAUGAUUUUUGUUUUUGUCCACAACCAAAUAAGCCUGCGAGGGAUUCUUCUGUUUGGUAAAAGAGACGAGUUUCAUUCCAAAAUGUCUCGCAUCCGUUUCAGGAAUAAAAAAGUUCUCAGUUGAUGAAUUAUUUAAAAUAUUCUGGAUCAGAUUAAAUGUUACGGUCAAGAUUUAUCUCUCUGUCCGAGCCGGUGUCAGUUUAGUUUUCAUCUGGGAAUUAAACUCUUCAUAUCUCAGUUUCAGUGUUGGGUCGUGUCCUGAUCCGACGGACGUGUUUCACAGUAUUGUUUUUAUAUUUCUGCAGGUUUUUAUUGUUGGAUUUGAUCUUUGAUUCAGAAAUGAGGAUCCGUUUCUGUCUGAUUGUUCAUUUGUGUGAAAUUAACUGAAAUAAAAAUGAUAAAAAUAAA